UCUAUGCGGAGCUGCUUGUAGGCUUGGGACGCUAGGUGCCCUGAUUGGUCUGAAAACACCAUUUGCUCUGAGUCUGUUGAUCAAAGUUCUAAUCAGGAAGAACUGGAACAAGAGAGGCUGAAAUUAAGCCUGCAGGAAGGGACUUUAUGGGGGCGGGGCUAAGGUAGGGGAAUAGAGAACUCCUUAAAUAAGAGACGCACUGGCAGCCAGGGAGUGCACGGCACAAAGGCAAAUAAGAAGCCCUGCCGACAGCUGCCUUCCACUGUCCUCUGUCUGCCUGCCAGGAGGAGCAAGCCAAGAGAGAUGAUGGAGUCCUGUGAAUACCGUGAAUACCGAGCUAGAGGGAAAGAGAUGGUGGAUUAUAUCUGCCAGUACCUGAGCACUGUGCGGGACAGACAGGUGAAUCCAAAUGUGCAGCCUGGAUACCUUCGAGCCCAGCUACCUGCAAGUGCUCCUGAGGAACCCGACAGCUGGGACAGCAUCUUUGGGGACAUUGAACGAAUCAUUAUGCCUGGGGUGGUUCACUGGCAGAGCCCCCACAUGCAUGCCUACUAUCCUGCUCUUACCUCUUGGCCAUCCCUGCUAGGAGAUAUGCUGGCCGAUGCCAUUAACUGUUUAGGAUUCACGUGGGCUUCUAGUCCAGCUUGUACAGAGCUGGAGAUGAACGUCAUGGACUGGUUGGCAAAGAUGCUGGGGCUUCCAGAGUACUUCUUGCACCACCAUCCCAGCAGCCAGGGGGGAGGUGUCUUGCAGAGCACUGUCAGCGAAUCCACUUUAAUUGCCCUGCUGGCAGCAAGGAAGAACAAAAUCCUAGAAAUGAAAGCACGAGAGCCUGAUGCUGAUGAGUCCUCCCUGAAUGCUCGCCUCGUUGCCUAUGCCUCUGAUCAGGCUCACUCUUCAGUGGAGAAGGCUGGCUUGAUUUCCCUUGUGAAGAUCAGAUUUCUCCCUGUGGAUGACAACUUCUCACUCCGAGGAGAAGCUCUUCAGAAAGCCAUUGAGAAAGACAAGCAACAGGGCUUGGUGCCUGUGUUUGUCUGUGCAACGUUAGGGACCACUGGAGUCUGUGCAUUUGACAGGCUGUCAGAGCUGGGGCCCAUCUGUGCCAGUGAGGGGCUGUGGCUCCAUGUUGAUGCUGCCUAUGCAGGCACAGCCUUUCUGUGCCCUGAGCUCCGGGGGUUCCUGAAGGGCAUUGAGUACGCUGACUCCUUCACCUUUAACCCUUCCAAGUGGAUGAUGGUACACUUUGACUGUACUGGCUUCUGGGUCAAGGACAAGUACAAGCUGCAGCGGACCUUCAGUGUGAACCCCGUCUACCUCAGACAUGACAACUCUGGUGCGGCCACAGACUUCAUGCAUUGGCAGAUCCCCUUGAGCCGGCGUUUUCGCUCCAUUAAGCUGUGGUUUGUGAUUCGGUCCUUCGGGGUGAAGAAUCUUCAAGCACAUGUCAGACACGGUACAGAAAUGGCUAAAUACUUUGAAUCUCUGGUCAGAAACGACCCUUUCUUCGAAAUUCCUGCUAAGAGGCACCUUGGUUUGGUGGUUUUCCGUCUGAAGGGUCCCAAUUGUCUCACAAAAAGUGUGUUAAAAGAAAUAGCCAAAGCUGGUCAGCUCUUCCUCAUCCCGGCCACUAUCCAGGACAAGCUGAUCAUCCGUUUCACUGUGACAUCCCAGUUUACCACCAAGGAGGACAUCCUGAGAGAUUGGAACCUCAUCCGAGAGGCUGCUAACCUUGUCCUGAGCCAGCACUGCACUUCUCAGCCGAGCCCUCGGGCCAAGAACCUCAUCCCGCCACCGGCAACCAGAGGCUCCAGGGACCUGACCAGUGGGCUACCCCUGGAGUCAGUCAACGAGGGAGGAGAUGACCCAGCACAAGCCCGGAAGAUCAUCAAGCAGCCAGGAGCCAGUCUGGCGAGCAGGGAAGGUGGCUGUGAUCUGGAAACGAUGCUGGAUCCCCUUGAUGAUUGCUUCUCAGAAGAGGCCCCUGACACCACCAAGCACAAGCUGUCGUCCUUUCUGUUCAGUUACUUGUCAGUACAAAACAAGAAGAAGACAGUGCGCUCCCUCAGCUGCAACAGCGUGCCGAUGAGUGCUCAGAAGUCCGCCGCGGACGCUUCGGUGAAGAGUGGGGGCUCCUUCCGGGCCAGAAUCUUUUCCGGGUUCCCAGAAGAGAUGAUGAUGAUGAAGAAAGGUGCCUUUAAAAAGCUGAUCAAGUUCUACAGCGUGCCCAGUUUUCCUGAAUGCAGCUCUCAGUGUGCCCUCCAGCUACCCUGCUGCCCCCUGCAGGCCAUGGUGUAGACGGGAGUCCUCAAUCAGAAUGCAAGGGUGUGUGUGCUUCAGGGAGUUCGGGAACCCCUUGAAAUUGUGUGCAGUUUGUGUGCUUAUUAUGUGUGUGUGUGUGUGUGUGUCUUGAGGGAAGCAAGCCUGUAAAUUUGACCAUAGCCUCACAGGAGGUUCGUGAUCCACGACAAAUGGUAAUUGGGCAGUUUGAGCAAGCAUGCUCCAGAGGGUUGCAGGCACAUGUGUGACAGAAGGGGCUGAGAGGGUGGUGUCCUGUUAGGCUUGUAAUGUGAAAAACAACUUAGAAAUAAAUUGUGCUUGUA